CGCACGUGUGUUUUGUUUUCGUUUAAUUUUAUUUAAAACAAACGUGCAAAAUGGUAGCGAAGAAUAAAAAGUCCAGCGCCGAUGCGGUUUACACUAAGAAAGCGGUCCAGAGCAGUAAUCCUUUCGACACAUCAAAGCCUCAAACGGCUAAACGUCUUAACCCUUUCGAUGUGCAUGUGAAUAAGGAAAAAUUCCAGAUUUUGAACCGCAUCUGUAAGCAUGACAGGGGCAGGCCAGGAGUUUCGCGUGCCAAGGCGCUGCAAAGACGCGAACAGACAUUGGGCAAACAGUACUCCACUAAGCACAAGACUAACAAGUUUAAGGAUCAGCGGAUUGGCAAACACUUGACUGGAGAUCAGCUGAACGAGUCUGUGAUGAAUGCACGCUAUUUGGCUGAGAAGCUGUCACAGGUGCGCGGCUCACACAAGGCUGAAAAGUUUAAUCUAAAUGAUGACGAGCUGCUGACGCAUAGAGGCCAAACUCUUGAGGAGAUUGAACAGUACAGAGAUGAGCGUUCCGAUGAUGAAGAGCUGGAGGAUGAAGGAUUAGAUGCUGAGUUUACGUCUGCGGCACAUUUUGGAGGAGAGGGUGACAAGCCACAGGAUCGUCAAACAGCCAUUGAGGAAAUGAUUAGCGAACAAAAGCGUCGCAAAAAUGAAAUAGCUAAGGAGAAGGAUGAAGUGUACGAUAUGACAGAGAGACUGGAUGCUAAUUAUAAGCAGCUGCUGCCUCUGGUAGCCAAAGCCACAAAGGAUGAGAUGCGCGAACGGCCGCCACCAGAUGCUUAUGAUAAGUUACUAAAGGAAAUGAUAUUCGAGCCUCGUGGCAGUGUUACAGACAAGCUCAUAAAUCCAGAAGAGAUGGCCAAGCAGGAGGCAGCACGUUUGGAAAAACUAGAAAAUGAACGCUUAAGACGCAUGAAAGGUGAUGAUGAGCCCACGGAGGCUAAAGCACAGCCCACACAUCGUUCAGCAGAUGAUUUGGAUGAUGGUUACUUUGUGGCGGGCGAUGAUGAUAAUGCAGAUGAUACUUUAGCUUAUGAUUUGGACGGAAAUCUUGGCACACACUUGCACAGCAAGAAGGUAGCAAAGAAGGAUGCAGUAGAUAAAGAAUCAGGUGAUGAAGAUGAAGAGGAUGAGGAAGAAGAGUCUGGCGAUGAUGAAGGAGAGGAGGAGGAAAGCGGCAGCGAAGAUGAAGUGGAUAACUUGAGCGAUCUCAAAGAGUCCGAAAGUGAAUCGGAGGCAGAAGCGGAACCAGCGGCCAGUAAAGCCAAGAAAGCAGCCAAACAAAAGGCAGUGCCAGCGAUGGACACCAGUAUACCUUUUACCAUUAAAAUGCCCAAGACCUAUGAGGACUUUACAACGCUCAUGGCUAAAUAUGAGCCACAAAAGAGAUCAAUUGUUGUGGAGCGCAUUAUCAAGUGCAAUCAUCCCAAGCUGGAGGGCGUCAAUCGUGAACAUGUUGUCAAGCUGUACGCAUUUUUGCUGCAAUACCUUAAGGAUCUGUUUGAAGAUGCCUGCGAGCAGGAUAUACACUCACACUUCCAGCUCUUGUCCCAACUCAUGCCGCAGCUUUACGAUUUGACGCAUUUGAAUCCGGAUCGCAUGUCCAAUACGCUGCUGGACGUAAUCAAAGAGAAACACGCAGAAUUUCGCAAGAAUCACAAAAUAUAUCCAACGCUGGAUACGCUUAUCUACUUUAAGCUUGUUUCCAAUUUAUAUUCCACCUCGGACUUUCGUCACCCGGUAGCCACGCCCACUUAUAUCUUUAUGCAGCAUAUAGUGAGUCGUGCGCGUGUGCGCACACGUCAAGAUAUAGCCAUGGGCCUGUUUAUUGUAACCAUUGCAAUGGAAUUUGGCACGAGAUCCAAGCGUAUUCUGCCCGCUGUCUUCAACUUUCUGCAGGGCAUAAUACAUCUGGCCAUUCCCAAACAGCAGUCAGAUAAGUCGGACAUUGCGCCGCCAUUUGAGUGUGAAGGACCCUUUAGCAAGCUCUUGGCCGUUGCCAGCAGUGAGGAGUGCAAGCAGUUGCAGCCAGAACUGCUGGAAGCGGGGGAUUUGGUGACACUCACGAUCACCUCAGACUUCAAGGUGCGCGCAUUGAACUCCAGUUUGCUGCUCAUCAAACAGUUAAUGACGGAGCAUGUGCAGGAGCACACAGGCGCUUGCUAUCUGGCAAGUCCUUUUUUGCCACUGCUCGAACGUUUGCCAUUAAAGUCUUAUCCCGCACAUAUAACUCAACACUACAAGGAAACCAAAUCAGCGUUGGAGCUGCUAGCGGCGCAAAAAAUGAAGCCAUUGGCGCCACCAGAGCGCAAACCUAAAGCCUUGCGCCUGCUGGAGCCCCGCUUUGAAGUUGUUUACGAUGACAAGCGCAGACCCAAGCUGUCCAAGCAAAAGGAAGAGCGUGUCAAACUGCUGGCGAAGAUUAAGCGUGAGAAGAAGGGCGCCAUUAGAGAAAUUCGUUUGGAUACGGCCUUUGUGCAGGAUCUUAAACUCAAGCAGCAGCUACAAAGCGACAAGGAGCGUCAUGAGAAGGUCAAACGCAUCUACCAAGAGGCAUCCAUACAGCAGGGCGAACUCAAUGAACUUGCGCGCGCCAAGAAAAAGAAGAAAUUUUAAAUAUCCGGGGAGUAUUGAAAGUGUUAAUAAUGUAAACAAGUUGAUAAUUAAAAUAACAAAUCAAA